UGGAAGUCCUGUACAGGUCUAACUUGCUGAGCAUGGCUUCCUGUAAGAUUUCCCCUCAACACAGGAUGAAACGUUGCCUCACAGCGUUUCCAAGCGCCACAGUGUUUUGUUCCACCAUGCUGUGAAGAGAGGGUGAGCAGACAGUAUCACAGCCGUCCAGGAUCGCUUGCACAAAUGGAGUCUGAAGACAAUGCAUACCUGCUGCCAGAUGACAUUGACCUCCCGAUGUCUCUCAGACACGACCUGGAGGAAAUGAACCUUUAUGAGAGCCUCGGUGUUUUGCCCGUUUAUGAUGAGAUUCAUUUGUAUGAAUCCACCUUGGCCGGGCUCAUCGCCCCACCUGCACCCGACCCACCGGCGGUGACGGGAGGCCAGCGCCCGGGCCCCCCGCCCAUUCCGCCCCGAAACCGGCUCCACAGUGCAGGUGUGCUCCCGAACCAAGGCCACCGGCCGCCAGUGCCCCCCCGCAACAGGAUGAGGCAGCUUUCCUGUGAGCUUCCUGAACCUGUGAAUAGACUGACCCGGUCAAGCACGGAAGUUGAGAAUCAUGAUCCUUGGGCCAUCACACUAAUAGACACUCCAGAGGGAAGCACCAAGAGCCUCGCUUCUUUCUGCGCCACAACGUCCAGGCUGAAGUCCCGUUACAAACACACAGACUCCGCUCACAACUCCGGCAUGGUGCGGUGUCGACUGCUGCACGUCCACCCUGCCCUGAUGCAGGAUGUGGAGGUGACGGUCAGCGUGGCCACUGACUGGCACCCCGACCCACUCCCGUUCCCCACCCCAGUGGACAGGACGGUGAAGAGUCUGAUCGACACAACCUUCCAGCUGCUGGACCAACUUCCCGACGCAAACGACAGCUAUGUCCUCAAAAUAAGCGUCUCUGAGGAGUAUCUCAGGAAUGAAGAAAAACUCGGUCUGCAUGAGACCGUGCAGUUCUACGCGAAGUUUAAACAAGUCAUCCCCCUCCGACUGGUGAAGACGAGCAGCCUCCCGCACCGUCUGGCCCGAGACGCCGAGGAUGACCGGAGUGUGUUCCAGCUGUACGACCUCCUUCGGCCCAUCCGCAUUUCCAACCCGUCCAAGUUCGGCCUGCAGGAUUUGCUUGACAGCUACAACAAUGAAGUGAAAAAUAUGUCCAAGAUGAAUGCUUUCAUGCUUGUGAGCGGCAUUCGCAGAAUCAACAAUCUGCUGUGUGGCUUCUCCUGCCCGGAGCUGGAGGACGCCAUUGGCAUCAUCAACAGGCUCAAUCCCGUUCUGAGUCCUGAAGAAAUGUUUGACUGUGAAGCUGCCCUGACGAUGCUGCACGGUGCGCUGCUCAAAGUGCUGCAGAUAUACUUCGACAACUUCCAGGCAGACUUCAGGAGCCAGAGCGUGAUCGGCAGACCUCGGAUCUGCGACGUCGACAACAACCAAGACAUCCUCCGAUUCAAUGUCGCUGCCAUCUACCAACUCCAGCCCAGCUGGAAGUCAGAUUAUGAUUACUUUUCUAUUUCCUGCCACUUGACCUAUGGAGGAACGCAGGUCUGCAUUCCUGGUGGAGCUGAGAACAUCAGCACCGCCUUGGCAUUUGGAAACACGAUCCAAUGUAACCGCAUGAUUGUUUUCCCGAUACCGGUGAACAAGCUGCCGUACGAAUCCAUGCUGACGAUCCGACUGAAGGGCACCAAAAAAAACAAAAGCUCUGAGCUGCUGUGCUGGUCGGUCCUCCCUCUGUACGACGACAGGAGUCUUGUAUCGGGCAGCGUCCUGCUCAGCAUGUCCACCCUCCCCGAGGUGCUGCUUCCUCCCUCCCCAGCGCUGACCGACAGCCUCAGGAGGGCCCUGGGUGUCAUCCUGCAGCUGGACUUUCAGGACCAGUUCCAGUGGGAGUAUCAGAGGCCCAUCGCGCUGCCGGGGUCCAUGCUGUUCUCACAGCCGUGUGGAGAGCUGCAGAGGAAGAUACUGGAGGUGUCCAAGAAGCACUGCCUCUGCUUUCUGUCAGAUAACGAGAAGGCUCUGCUCUGGACCAAACGUUUCGAAUGUGAGAAAGGCAGUCCCUGCCUCCACCUGGUGCUGGGCAGCGCCCCCCAGUGGCUACCUGAGGACCUGACGGAGAUCUACACCGUCGUGGACAGCUGGCUCAUCUACCUCCCUGAGGAAGCUCUUUUCCUGCUUGGCCAUAGUUUUCACGACAGGACUGUUCGGGAAACUGCAGUCCGCUACUUUGAGCAGAUCCCAGAUGCAGAGCUGGAGGAGUUUCUGCCACAGCUGGUCCAAGCUCUGAAGAGCGAGUGGACCCUGGAGGGGCCCCUGGUGAUGCUGCUGCUGGAGAGAUCACUGAAGAACAUCCGCAUCGCCCAGCAGCUGUACUGGCUGCUGGAGGAUGCCUUCACUGACGUGUACUAUCAGAGCUGGUUCAGUAAAGUCCAGGCAGCCCUACGUUACUGCUGUGGCAGCGCACUGAGGCAGGAGCUGGAGCACGAAACCCAGCUGGUGCAAGUCCUCAUGCAGGUGGCGGACAAGGUUCGCACGGCCGACAAGGCUCAACGGAAGAAUGUUUUGAACAUGGAAAAAUACAAGAUCAACAACUUCUUCCAAAAUGGGAUCAGCUGCCGUUUACCGCUGGACCCUGCAGUCCAUGUAAAGGGCGUGAACCUGGAUACCUGUAAGUUCUACAAUUCCAACGCCGCUCCUCUUGGGAUUUCAUUCGUUUGCACUGACCCCCUGGCCACCAACAUCAGCGUCAUCUGCAAGACGGGAGAUAACCUGCGUCAGGACAUGUUGGUGCUCCAGAUUGUUCGUGUGAUGGAUCACGUGUGGCUCCAGGAGGGCCUGGACCUGCAGAUGAUCACCUACAGAUGUCUUUCGACAGGCAAAGAUCAAGGCUUGGUUGAAAUGGUCCCUGAAGCAGUAACGCUGGGCAAGAUACAACAAGAGUGGGGUCUCGGAGGGACCCUCCGGGAAGACACGCUGGAGAAGUGGUUCCACAUGAGGAACAAAACUAAAGAGGACUAUGAGAAGGCUGUGACGAACUUCAUCCUCUCAUGUGCAGGGUGGUGCGUGGCCACCUUUGUCCUGGGAAUCUGCGAUCGCCACAAUGACAACAUCAUGCUCAAAUACAGCGGACACAUGUUUCACAUCGACUUUGGCAAGAUCAUGGGCAACGCGCAGAAGUUUGGAGCCAUUAAAAGGGACCGAUCACCCUUCAUCUUCACGUCUGAGAUGCAGCACUUCAUCACCGGCGGCGGGGAGAAGGCCCAGCGUCUGCAUCGCUUCGUGGAGCUCUGCUGUGAAGCGUACAACAUAAUCAGGAAGCGAUCUGGACUGAUACUCAGUUUGCUGGAACUUAUGCUGCAUGCAGGGAUGCCAGAACUGAACCACGUUAGUAACCUGCAGUACGUCCAGAACAAACUGAGGCCCAAUAACACAGACCUGGAAGCCACCUCCUACUUCACAGCGAAGAUCAAGGAGAGCAUCAACUGCAUUUCAGUCAAGGUUAACUUCCUGGCACACGCCAUGGCUCAGGGGAAGAAGCAGGAGUCUCAGUCCCAGGGUGGGGUCAUCUGUGCUCCCAGCACCAACAUCCAGGAAGCCGUCAUCGAGGGAUUCUCCCCCAAAGGCAAAGAUACGGUCUACAAACUGCGAAUAAAAAUUCAUGACGGCUUCUUGACCAUUGAAAAGACGUACUCACAGAUUGAGGGAAUCCACAAACAGCUGCAGAAGCAUUUCAUUGAAAAUACUCUACCUCAGUUUCCAUCUCGGUUUAUAGGAUCCUUCACGCCAGAGAGGAAGAUGCAGCUACUGAAUAAAUAUCUGAAACAGCUUUUUGAGGGGCAGAGUCGAGGAAAUGAGUUUGUGUGCAGUUUGUUUCUGGAUGAUCCCAGCUCAGGCCAGGGCAGCGUGGCUACAGGAGCCUCUCCACAGGUGCAGCUUUGCAUUUCGUUCUCGGACUCCAAACUGUCCGUCCUGGUGAAACACCUGAAAAACAUUAAACUGGCGAACGGCUCGAACCCUGACGCCUACGUGGUCACGCGCCUGAGACCAGACCCUCAGCAGCGCUCCAAGAGGAAGACCAAAGUCGUCCGCAACAACGCCAAUCCCACCUUCAAUGAACUGCUGGAGUACAAUCACGUCCCGCUGCUGUAUGGGAUGGUGCUGAUAGUGACCGUGAAGAGCAGGAAAGCCUUUCUGGCUGGAACCAACAUCAAACUGGAGGAUGAGCUGCUUGCUAAGGAGACCUGGUUUCCCCUGCAGAACAGUGCAGCCUGAUGUGAGCCUGCUGCACUGCAGCUCUUCUGCCAGCAGGGGGUGCAACUCCACCGUGGGACCUCAUGCCUUCAGUGAUUUUUUUUUUUUUUUUUAUAAAGAGGGUUGAAUUCACCUGUGAAGAAGAAAAGCACUGUGCUCUGAACAAUGAGUGUCAUUUAUAUCCCCUCAUUGAGUGGAACUAAACCUCAGCCUGGAGCUUCGUCCACUGGAGGCAGGAACAUUUUAUGAACUUACAAAGCUGUGUAAAGACAACAGUUUGCUUGGGAAGCAUAGUGAUUAAUCAUCAAUUUUACAAUGGCUACUUUGGUGACAGAUGAAGAAAAAUUAUUUUAUCUCGUAUGAUCAAAAAGGCACUUUUAGCUGUAUGUUUGUGAAGGUUUUUUUUUUUUUUUGGCACUGCCAGUCAAACCCAACCUUUCACACAUGUGGGCCAAAGACCUGACUGACCAAACUGAGCACGAAGAAGAGGAAGUGAUGCAUCGUGUUUCCCGUCCAGACACUGCGUUCAUCUUUUUUGGAUGUGUCGGCUGGAUCUGCCUUACCGGAGGAAUUGUGCUCCACCCCCCCUCCCCCUGAGGAGCCAAAUCUAAUCUGAAUCGCCUUACCCCCAGACACACUUUCACACACUGUCAGUGGCAUUCAAACACAUGCAUGCUCAGACAAUCAAGCACGCUCACCUUCUUGUCCACAUGGCUGUAUGAGAACACUGGCUCCUUUCCCUUAACCUGGAAUCUGACGCCACGUCUUCACUUUAAUCUCAAACUAAUCUUCUUGUCCUAUCAAAACAUGUCUUCACAUUGAACAUUCACGUUAUGAGGGCUUGUUCUUUCACAAACUUUUUUUUUUAAACCUCCUUCUCUCUUUUGCACACUCACACACGAGCACUUUUCCGUUUACUGCAGGUCUUCAUGUUAUCCUAAUGCCGUCCUCCUCCUGACAGGCCUGCUGACCCGUGCUUUCCUCUGCCUCGUGCUGAGGAUUUUGUGACGAUCGAGGAUAGAAAUAGACCUUCCUUGCACUAGAUUUGGUUCAAUAAUGUAUACCCUUGUGAUUGCUAUUUCUAUUAGUCCCAGCUGGUUCGCUCACAGGAAGGAAGGAAGGACUGGAAGUAACUGCUGGCUGUUACCCAAAUGCAAAAGAAAAUUCACUAUAUUGUGGGUUUAUCACUAGUAAACUGUUCAUUGUGGCCACUUUUUGUUUUUAUCAGAAAACAUUGGCUCUGUAUUGCUGGUGUGAGUUCACAAAUCAUACAAAAUCUGUAUUAAAGGAACCUUAUAUGUAGCGUGAUGACACAAGUUUCCGAUGAACAUAUAGAAGCUUUGAUCCACCUUUAACGUAGUUUGAUUAAAUCUAGGAUGUGGGUUCACUGCGGCCAAUCCCAGUUGACUAUUUGUUAGUCCGUCACAGGGCAAACAUGUUUACAUUCACACCUGUGGGCCAGUUAGUCUCAAUUGCAUGUUUUGGAAUUUGGGGAUGUCAGCAGAGAAGUUCUUGUUCCGGUGUCUCUUCCGCCCUGCAGAAACCUUCUGGUCUUUCCCUCAGCAGAACGCAGCGCAGGCAGGAGAGAGAAACAACUUCUAUUUCCUGACAAUAAAGCUGGUAUUUAUAUCUGA